GCACGUGCCACGAGCCUUCGGGCGUUCGACGAGAACGACAUUGACGUCACGUCAGCCGGACGACAGCACAAGACGGCUAUGGGCAACUUGUGGGCCAAGGAGCCGCCGAGCACUCCGACGGGCAUGACGAAACACGAGAACAAGCUUGUGCACCGCACCUGGAACAUGUUCUGCAGCAAGCGCCCGGACUUCGGCAGUUUCCUGCUGCUGGCCAUGUUCACUGAACACCCAGACACCCAGACGGUGUUCCCCAAGUUCAAGGGCCGCGAACUGCGCAAGCUUCGUGACGACGCCAAGUUCCGGGCGUUCGGCGACGCGGUUGGCCAACAGCUGGCUGCGAUCAUCGAGUCGGUGGACGACUACGAAGCACUCUUGUCGCUGGCGCGUCAGACUGCGGUCGAGCACGCCCGCCUCGAAGGGCUCCAGGUGAAGCACUUUCAGCUCUUCUUCUCGGUCCUGUUGACCCAGAUGCUCGAGAGCAACAGAUCGGCCAUGACGACCGCCGUCGUCGCCGCCUGGGAGAAAUUGUUUCAAACACUGAAAACGAUCACAAGGCAGGCAUUCGACGAGGCUGCCGAGGAAGCCAAGCAUUCGGAGCGGACCAAGGAGACUAAGUCAUCGCCACAUCACAAGCGGCAUUCGUCGCCUCGAAAGCCGGCGUCCAGAAAAAUUUCCUCCGUGGCAAGCCCAGCGACUCCAAGAAGCCCCAUCAGCCACCACGCCACGAGCCCCAAGAGCCCGCUGGCCAUACAGAGCGUCAUCAGGGGUACCCACUCAGAACGGCAGUCUAUCUGGAAGAGCGCGGUCGAGAACAAGGGCAAGCAUAGCAAGAGGUCUCCGUGA